AAUCAAGGAGAGGAAUAGAUCAUUUCGCAUUUGGUACUUGGACACCACAUAACACCAUGUGGUUCCCUGUGACUCUUCUCCUCCUUGUUGGCGUGGCCGUGGCCCUGCCAGGUCAUGGUAGCCAUGGAUGGGAAUCGCAAAACGAGUAUCAAUACAUUGUACACAGUAGGACGGUAACAGGCCUUGACAAGUUGAAAAACCAAUAUACUGGACUUCAAAUAAAGGGUAUCCUCACCAUUCAAGCAAAAUCGCCGGAGUCAUUGGUGGCGAAGCUUUCCGAUCCGCAGUAUGCUCGUAUACACACUACAUUACCGGACGGUCCGGAAACCAAGAUCUCCGACCACAUGUUGGAAUAUCGCGAGCUUCCCAUGUCAGGAAAACCAUUCGAAAUCAAAUUUAAACAUGGAGUGAUGCAGGAAUUGAUGGUCGCCCGUGAUGUACCUACUUGGGAACUGAAUAUCCUCAAGGGUCUCGUGAGCCAGCUACAGGUUGACACGCAGGGCGAAAACGCGAUAAAACAGAAGAACAAUCAAAAUCUUAUCGACGAGAAUUCUUCCGCUAUAUUUAAAGCCAUGGAGGACUCCGUCGGUGGCAAAUGCGAGGUUUUGUACGAGAUCAUUCCGUUGCCCAGUGAUGCUCUUCAAGAGAGACCAGAUAGGCUACCUUUCCCACGCUUACACGGUGACGUUCGUCAUUAUGACAUUAAGAAAACGAAGAAUUACAACAACUGCCAGCAACGACAACUUUAUCAUGUUGGCUUACAAGUUCCAUUGCAGGAAAAAAUGAAUCAGCAGGAUCAAAUUGUUUCGCAAGUGUCUAUGACUCAAAUGAUUAUUACGGGCGAUCUGAAACGCUUCACAAUUCAAUCUAUCCAGACGAAGAAUCAGGUAUCCGUCAAACCUGAUGUAUCUGAUCCUUAUCUUGGUGCCGUCCACAGCAUGAUAAAAUUAACUUUAGCCAAAAAAAGCAAAGUCUCCAACCCUUUGUCUGACCAACACGAAUCAGUCAAUCUCGAAUCAACUGGAAACCUGUUGUACGCAUAUAAUGACCCAUUCUCCAGCUCUGAGAAUCGAAAAUUACGUCAUUCGAGCAUCAGUCGAAAUUCUGCGCAAGUACAAUCGUCAGAGAGCAGCAGUUCUUCUCAAAGUUCCAGCGAGGAAAACGUAAUGCUGCUGGAUGAUUCUCUCUGGCAAUCUAAAGCGCCACUGCACAUGGCUCCAAACGUACCGCUGUUACCUUACUUUGUCGGUUACAAGGGCAAGACUAUCCAGAUGUCCGAUAAGGUCAACGUUGUGGAACAGGCCGCGAAUCUAAUUUCUCAAAUAGCCGAAGAAGUAGCUUCUCCAUCAAAGACAAAUCGAGAUACGCUGGAGAAAUAUACAAUUGUGAAGAACCUCAUUCGCACCAUGAACCUCAAGCAGUACGCUGAACUAGAGCAGCGCGUAAACGCCGUUAAUGGAGAGGAUCAAAAUGUCUGGAGCAUCUUUCGCGAUCUAGUCACACAUGCCGGAACUGGACCUGCUUUACACACUAUCCAAAAUUGGAUAAAGUCUAAGAAAAUUAAAGGCAUAGAGGCGGCAAGGAUUAUCUCCCAAAUUCCCAAGCACGUUCGCCAUCCAACGGCGGAAUAUGUUCAAGCAUUCUUCGAAAUGAAUCUCGAUCCAGUAAUAAUGCAACAGGAAUAUGUAAAUGUAUCCACGCCUUUAGCGUUUGCCGAAUUAAUCGACAAAAGUUAUAACGGCCAGAAAUAUUAUCCGAUACACAGUUUUGGCCCUAUGACUCCCGAGAUUAACAGCGUGGUGGUCAGUCGCUAUAUUCCCCACAUGGCUAAUCAAAUGAAACAAGGCUUGACCGAAAAUAACAGUGAAAAAGUUCAAACAUACAUCAUGGCACUUGGUCUCACCGGCCAUCCGAAUAUUAUCUCGGUUUUUGAACCGUUCGUAGAAGGCACAAAGCCAGUGACGAAAUACCAACGUAUGGUCAUGGUAAAUGCCUUGUCUACCUUAGCCAGACACCAGCCUAAAUUAGUUGGACCUAUUUACUACAAGCUCUACAUGAACACAUAUGAGAAUCACGAGAUGCGUUGCCUGGCAGUACAUGAAUUUAUCAAGACCAAUCCACCUUUGAUUAUGUGGCAACGCCUAGCGAAAUUCACUAAUGUCGAUAGUAGCGAACAGGUGAACUCCGUCGUGAAGUCUACAAUAGAGAGCAUCGCUAAUCUGAAACGAUCGGAAAUGCAAAAUAUCGCUAACAAGGCGCGCAGUGUAAAGUAUUUACUGACGAAAAAGGAUAGUAAUAUGUACUCGAAAGGCUACUACACGGACAUAUGGGGGUACUGGUUCCUUAGAGGACUUAAUUUGCGAACCAUUGUUGGUGACGACAGUCAAAUACCAAUGUGGCUACGCCUUAAUGUGAAUACCAUUUUCGAUAUGUUCGACCGAGGUUUACCCGUAAAAACAGGAUAUGGAACAUCGAGCGCCAAGCAGCUUAUGAAUAAAGUAUACGAAAUAAUGCAACAGUGGCAACAGAAAGGCGAACAAUCAAGCGAAGAAUCAUCGCAAACGUCAGGCUUUGAGGAACUUCUGCAAGCACUUAAUAUCAAGCCCGAGCACUUGAACAAGUUAGAAGGACAUGUCUUCCUUUAUACCAUGAUGCACGGACUUCAGUUCUAUCCCUUCGAUGGUUCAUCAUUUGAAAAGCUUUCCCGUGAUGUAAAGAAUCACGUCAUGAAGAGCAAAAAAAUAGGAUCAACUUUAAUUAACAAUCAGGAAAUGACAAUAAGCUUCCCGAUUGAAAAUGGCUUGCCGUUCGUCUAUACUUUCGAAUCGCCAGUACUCAUCAAGAACAAAGUUGAUUUUAACAGAAAUCGAGACGAAAUGAUUGAGCAAAUAUCUGGCAAUCUUGAUGCUCUUGUCGCCAAGAGGGUUCAGAAGCGAUUUGGAUUUCUAGCGCCUUUCGAGCAUCAAAAUUACAUGACUGGUGUCGAUCACAGUCUCCAACUACAAGUACCAUUAGAGUUUGAAGUCACAGUUAAUCAUAGAGAUUUAAGUUCAAGCGGGCUGAAGAUUCGCCCGAACAUCUUAUCUAUGCAAAAUCAAAUGGAUUCUUCUAAUGGAGUCAAAUUGUUGCACCAUAGCACUAUUCCAUUCACCACGCGACAAGACGUUCUUGAUCUUCAACCUGUAUCUCUUGAUAAAAACACACAUCUUAUACUGACUUCAGAGAAACAUAAAACCACAUUAGAAAGAGAUCCACUUUAUAUCCAGGUAGAAUCUGAUAACAAACAAGUAGAAAGAAAUAAUGCAGGAAAUAACGUUGGACAGCUUUUGUAUCAACUGAUGGGAAUUUCAAAGAAAAAUUCGAAUUAUAAAAAGUUAGACGUAUCAAUAAAUCCUGGACGGAUAGAAAAGAGUGGCUUACAUUUCAACAUCGUUUACGAUAAAAUGGUACUUGGUGAUAACAAUGGUUAUAAUAAACAUCCGCGUGCAUUAGAGUCCCAGAGACUAUUUUCUAUAAAGCACACAAAACCAAACAGUGAGAAUAGAAGAAAGGAAAUUAUGGAAACCCUUAGCCAAGGUGUCAAGUCGGGUGACGUCCACGUAUUUGAUGUAAGUUACAAGACACCAUUGCAAAAGCACGCACAAGUUCUCACCGUCGGUGUAAUGGAGCUCAACAACGUGAACAAAACGCAUAUGACUUAUGUUUAUUGGAAUUCUCAAUCAAACAUGGAAAAGCCGGAAUAUGAAGCUUGCUACGUUCAAACAAUAGAAAGUGCACCAAGAACUCCUUUAGACUUUGAAUAUACGCUCAGGAGCAACCCGGAAAAUACGCUCCAGGGUGUACUGCGAUAUGGAAAAAGUUGCAUGGAAGGAACCAAAAUUGUUCUCGAAGGGAAAGCGACGCAAAGUAACGAAUUAAAGGAAGCGAUAGAGAACUCCGAAACAGCCAAAAAAUGUUGGGAAGAGAUUCAAAACGGAAACAAAGUAUCGCGGGCUUGCCAGAAGGCCACCGAGCUUGCCGAAAUAAAGGAUAAGAUACGUGUUGUAGUUAAAGAAAUAACUGAAAAUGUCCAAAAUGUUAUUAACAAAGUUAUAGACUGGCUCUCAAGUAUAGUGGUAAUACAUAUAAAAGAAAACAGCAAAAAUUCUGGAACAAAUACCAUCAAUGUAAAAAUGAAUUUAUUACCCUACAAAGUACCAAAAGUCUUAGUGCAAACCCCGCAACAGGAGAUUACUUACCCUUACAUUAAGGAAACUCCUUUGGAAGAACAACGGCUACUGAUGAAAAAAGUCAAAAUGCUCGAAAAUGAAAUAGAAAAACCUUCGUGUAGUCUCGACAAAAAUAUGGUCGUUACUUUUGAUAAGCGGGUUUAUCCUGUGACACUGGGAACAACCAAGCACGUGUUAAUGACCGCUUAUCCGAUAAUGGAUCCUGAUAAUCGCAAGAGUCCAAUUCCGGAAGAAUCGAGAGUAGCUGUCGUAGCUCACGAUACGAACGACGGCAGUAGGAGCGUCAAUAUAUACUUGGGCAAACGAGAAGUUAAAUUGGUAAAAUUGGAUAAUGGCCUGAAAGCUGUAGUUGACGGAGAGACACUCGAUUUUGAAUCGAAGAAGCAUUAUUAUUAUCGCGAAAACGGCGAAGUCGUUUUCGAAAUCGGCGUGCUACCGGACCACUCGAUCGUAUUAUAUUCGAAGAAGUAUGGAAUUUACGUUGCGUACGACGGAAAGCGUGUUGCAGUAUGGGCAGGUCAUAGGUAUCGCAAUGCCGUGCGUGGUCUUUGCGGUAACUUCGACUCCAAUCCCGAAGACGAUUUCCUUACUCCUGAGAACUGCCUCCUGACGAAGCCUGAAGAAUUCGCCGCCAUGUAUGCCUUGAUUCAGGAGAAUUCCGAGGGAUCUGUUCUGGAGAACAGGCGAAGAGCCGAACAAGCCCAGUGCAGGAAACGCUCAUCAAUGCAUAGUCAUCAGAGCAACAUUAUCAACGAUAGAGAAGCGGGAAGAAUAAUGGCAGAGGGCGGGCCAGUACAAAGAUGGUACUCUCCAUCAACAAUUAAAGAACGAUACACAACGAUGAGACCCAUCCGUCAUCGAGAGUCUAGCGGGUCUAGCGGAUCCAAUCAAGAAUUCAGUCAAGAGGAUAGAGAUAAUCGUGAUUCGGGAAGACACAACAUUGUCUAUCGCACAAGAGUCCUCGAAGACAACUCACAGCAACACAUUUGUUUCACUAUCGAACCUGUGCCAACAUGCCGCGAGGGAACUACUCCAACCGAAAGAAAGUCGAAGAAAUAUGAUCUUUUCUGCGAGGAGAGGAAUGAGGAAUCUGUAGGAUUGAAACACAGAGUCGAGAAAGGCGCUAAUCCCGAUUUUAACCGAAAGCGUGCCAGCAAAUCGAAAACUUUCCAAGUUCCUGUUAGUUGCAGCGGCAGCACAUAUUAGUCCGUCAGUACAGAAAUGAUAUACCGAUCUUGCAUACUUAAUUGCUAAUGGAUUUCUUUCUAUUUUUUAUUUUAUUUUUUUUUAAAGCUGCAAAUAUGUUCUUUUAGUAAUUGCAGUAAUGUAAGCAAUAAUAAAGUUGAAACUUUUCAACGUAA